AUGGCCUAUUCGGGACAGGGAGGCGUAGAGCCUGGCGCUCGGAGGAAGAAGCUGGCGGGUUACUUGAGGGCAGCAAACGACAUACGGCAGAGCUACGUGCAGAGCUACUUUGGGACAGACGGCAAUGGCGAGCACCACGGAGACCAGCAAGACGGCCCAGGGGCGUUCCCAGAUGCUGCCGUGGUGCGGAGCGGGAAUGAGGAGAUGAUACUCUUUCCAAGCUACGCCAGGAGGCACGUCCAAGGGAGGUCCCACAAGGCCACCACUCCUGGCCGCGAGAUGACCGAGGAAGAGCUCUGGAAACGAGAGUGGGACAAGAAUGAGGAUGUGAAUGCGGUGGUGGACGUGGACGUUCGUGGUUGGAUAUACACUCCACAUCAAGGCCCGAGUACACGCAAACAGCGGAUAGUCAUAGGACUUGCGAGGCAACUUUCGGGUAUUCCUGCACCAUCAUCUAAUAGGCCAGCGGAGAUGAGCUCCUCCAGCAGGACGUCCAGUCCAUCUGGCAGCUUCCGUGUGUCGCCCGAGGAGCAGGAUCUCAUCUCCUUCGAGGCCGAGAGCAUCAGGCGUAAAGGAGACCAAGAGGGACGCUACGCAGAACGUGGGGCAUUCUCGGAACGGCCGAGUCGGGAAACAGACGCGGGGAGCAUAUAUGGUGAUGAUACUACAGAGCGAGGUCGACAGCGAGCUUCGUACGGGAGUGCCACAUCCUCACAAGGCUCGGACUCUGGCACCGUAACACCCGUCAGGAGAUCAUCAUGGCAACAGCCGGGCAGAAUGACCUCUGCCGAACUAGCCACGGCGAACAAGCACCUCUUGAACCGCCUGAAACCGUUCAUGGCAAAUCCCAUGGCCAGGACUCCGAUCAGUGCUUUCUUCUACAACUCCGAGGUUUCAAGACAAUUGACGGUGUACACAGACGCCUCCGGCCACUUCACGGUCCGCGCUGCCUUAGACUUCAUACCUACGCACGUCCGAGUGUUGGCGGGAGAGAGGCUUUCUGCCACGGAAGAGGUCGURGUCACAACCCCCAAAGGCGUCAGUCUGAUCAGUGACAUUGACGAUACCGUCAAACACUCUGCUAUCAGUCUCGGAGCUCGGGAGAUCUUUCGGCACGCCUUUAUCAAAGACCUUGGCCAGUUGACGAUCGAGGGGGUUAAAGAGUGGUACACAACUCUUCACGAUAUGGGUGUCAAGAUGCAUUACGUCUCCAACGCGCCAUGGCAGAUGUACCCUGUCCUGACCAGCUACUUCAAGCUGGCUUGCCUUCCAAAGGGGUCCUUUCACUUGAAGCAAUACAGCGGCAUGCUACAGGGCAUCUUCGAGCCGGUCGCCGAGCGAAAAAAGUCCUCCUUGGAUAAGCUCUUCUACGACUUCCCCGAACGAAAAUUCAUUCUGGUCGGCGACAGUGGAGAAGCUGAUCUUGAAGUUUAUACUGAGACUGCGCUCGAAAAUCCCGGACGAGUGCUCGGCAUCUUCAUCCGCGAUGUAACGACCACGCCCAAAACGGGCUACUUCGAUUCCAACGACAGUCCUGGCGGUGGUAGCAAACGCCACUCUCGGAACGGGUCUCGUAAUCCGAACCCAGAUGCUCUAACCCAGUCCAAAAGGCUUUCGAGACCCAACGAUAUUCGCGAUGAUGAAGCAGAAAUGAAAGCUGCCAUGGCCGCAUCUAUGGUGAGUUGGGAAGAGGAUGCCAGGCGAGCACGUAGAUCGAUCAACCCAGAUGCCCUUUCGCCUGAGAUGCCACGCAGAUCGCGAGUGCCUCCUGGUCAGUCAACAACAGCUUCAACGGAAGAGGAUUUGAUCGACUUUUCCGAACCUGCCUCCUCAAAGCCUUGGACGGACGGUCCCAAUCGCAAGCCAUCUCCAGUACAGAAAAAUGGCCCCGCGGCUCAUAAACCUGCACCUUCUCCACCUCCUCCACCUAAGCCCGCAGGUUUACGAAGCCCGCCUCCUGAUGGUACUAGCAAAGCCCCACCUCCUAUACCAAGAAAGCCAUCAAGUGCAGUACAACCAUCCCUGCAACAACCCUCUCAGGGGCAAAGUCACAACCCAUCACCGCUAUCACAAGUCACCAGACAAGACUCGGCACGAAAACCCGCCCCUCCUUUGCCAGCCAGACCGCCAAGAACAUAUCGCGAAAUGGCAAAGGACACACUUGCAAAGGCUCGCCCUGGCGGUGGAGCAUGGCAAUCUGAAAUGCGCGCAGGCAACAGCCAGCCUAGCYCCCCGCAUUCCCGCCCCAUGUCAUCUUUCCGAUCUGUUGAGGAUUUGCGACUCCCGGAAGCAUCCUCUGGGAGAUCAGCAGCUCCGCCGCCACCUCCACCUCGAAGAAACAUGACCUCCACUUCCAUACUACCGGCUUCGCAGCGAUUCUCCGGCAGUGGCUGGGACGAUAUCGAAUCUGGGGCAAGCAGUCCUGGAGAAGGCAUGAGCAAAAAGGAGUAUCUGUGGAAACAGCGGUGGGAGAGAGCCAGAAGUUUACUGGAGAGAAACGGAGUGACGCUUCGGACUUGGCGGAAGGGAGUCGAUGUUGCGGACGUUUGCGUCAAGUUGGUGGAGAUGGAGCUGAGGAAGAUUGAAAAGGAAUCGAAGAGUGGGAGAUAA